AUGAAGUUCACAUUCAAAUUUCCAAUAACAUCAUUUCUCAAAUUUAAACCUGGUAAAUUUAAUUUACAAUUGGAGCAGGAUAUACGUUCAAAAUUAGAUUCAUUACCAUCUGUAACGAGGAUAUAUACAAAUCCAGAUGGUACACCAAGAGUACCAUCAGAUUCAGAAUUUAAAACAAUAGCAGAAUUACAAAAUAUGUACUAUAAAAGAAAUUAUUCAGAAUGGAAUUAUAUAUUGCCCAACAUUUCAAAGGAAUCAAUUAAAUUAUUUGAAGAUAAUUCAAAUGAUUUGAAAUUCUUCCAAUUUGUUACUAAAGAUGCUGGUAAAAUUAUAGAUAAAAUCCCAUAUAAAGAUGAUAAAACAGGGACUUUACAAUGGAAAAUCAUUAGAGAAACUCCAAAAGCAGAAGGUUGGGAAAUCCCAUAUUUCUAUAUUGUUUUACCAAUAUUUGCUUAUAUUUUAUACGUUAAAUACACAGCUCAAGUAAAAGCAAGUGAAUCAGAUGGUCCAAUCUGGGCAGAAAAAGAAUUAAGAUUAAGAGCUAUGGAAGAAUAUUUCCAUGGUGAUACUGCAAAAGCAAUUGAAUUCUUAAGUAAUGAAAACAAAUCAAAGAGAGAAAUUGAAGAUAGAGAUGAUUUAGUUGUAGCUAGAAUAUUGGCUGGUGAUUAUGAUAAAUUAUCUCAAUUGAAGAAGAAAAAACCCGCUGAAAUUGUUAAGAUUAUUGAGGGUCCAACUGUUCAGUAA